GAGAGCUGGGGACCGGGCCCGGCACCAGAGGCCGUGAGGAGACCCGGCACCAGCGUCUGCGAGGAGACAGAGCCCCACGGCUGGGGCUUCUGCGGGGCUCCGGAGCUCGGUGGUGGCUCCGGUGUAUGAAGAGCCGGACGCCGGUGCUAAAGAUGGGCCGUCGAGCCCACCAGGAAUUCUUUCCAGAUGAAAAUCUCAGCAGGAAGAAUUGCCCGGCUGCUUCUCCGGGAGAGGAUGAAGACCCUGAGGAAAAGGUUGACCAUGGUCCACCACCUAAACCCCCACGCCGGCAAGGAGGCUGGGCAGAUGAUCCUGUACUGGCAUCUACCAAGUCAGGAAGAAAGCAUGCAGAAGAAGUAGAAGACCAUCGUCUCAGACAGCAGAGCCUGGAGGCAUCAGAUGAUGGAGGAGACAUUCCCGUGAUCCCUGACUUGGAGGAAGUCCAGGAGGAAGAUCUGGCCAUGCAAGUGGCAGCUCCCCCCAGUGUGCAGGUGAACCGGGUGCUGACCUACCAUGACCUGGACAAAGAUCUAAUGAAGUAUGCUGCCUUUCAAACUCUGGAUGGAGAGAUUGACCUGAAGCUUCUCACCAAAGUUUUGGCUCCAGAGCAUGAACUACGAGAGGAUGAUGUCAGCUGGGAUUGGGACCAUCUCUUCACAGAGGUGUCCUCAGAACUAGUGACUGAGUGGGACCUGGGACAAUCUGAGAGAGAGGAGCACCUCAGUCUGCACUAGAGCACUGGCACACCAGACAUCUUAUACAUGCAUCCCCUGUAAAUAGUUUAGCACUUUGCUGUUUGCUUGUUUGUAUUUGAGAAUUUUUUUAGACAUGAAAAUAAAUAGGACCUUGCUUCAUAGGAAAAGUGACUCUGGAGAAGUUUUUGGUAUUUUGUAAUAAUAAUUGUUUUCUCAAAAGAGAUUAAGAAUUCUAAACACAAUAAAGUAUUUACUUACGAAUAGUCA